AUGCCUCACAAAGAUGUCGAGAAAGGCUAUCACAGUGAGGAGGAGAAAUCGGCUCCACUGCUGGCCAAUGACAGAACCAGGCCAGCCAGUUACGAAGGACGACAAAGACCUCCCAGGCCUCGGAAACCAACGUCCAAUAGUAUGCCACCCCCACCGCCAACUCCACCAGCCAAAAAGCUGACCCUGGACAUAUCAUCAGUUCUAUCGACCCCGGAUCAUACUCCAGGAUUGGACACAUCAGGAUUACCGAAGAAAUUCUUCCGAAGUGACAGAAGGCUGCGACGCCUGAAUACAGAACUGCUUGACGCUAUAAGAAACUACGAUGUCGAAGAAGUUGAAAAGCUUCUCAAGGAAGGAGCGAAUCCUAAUGCAACUUGUCGACUGGAUUAUGUAUCAGCAAUUCAUUUGGCGGCCAUGGAAGCAGGAGAUUUUCUGGACUUACUUCUAAAACAUGGUGCAGAAAGACACCGUCAGGAUAGAUUGGGAAGAACACCGCUCCAUCUAGCCGCAUUCACUGGCAAUGCUAGACAAAUGGCUAUACUCUUGGAUCUACCAGAAGGUUAG